AUGGCUAUCAAGCUUGAUCUCUCUAAAGCCUUUGAUAGGCUUGAGUGGUCUUUUAUCAUUGUUGUUUUUAAAAAGUUGGGUUUCUCUGAUGAUUGGUGCCAGUUAGUCUUUCAGUGUAUCGGCACCGUAUCUUAUUCUGUUUUGGUCAAUGGUUCACCAAGUGAGUCUUUUUUGCCUUCUCGGGGAAUUCGGCAAGACGAUUGCAUGUUGUUUUGUAAAGCUUCUGUCACUUAUGCGAAGAAUAUCAUAAAGGUUAUUAAUGUGUUUGCAAAGGCGUCGGGUCAGGAAAUUAACUUUAAUAAAUCUGGGUUUAUUACUAGUGGGAAUAUGCAUCAUAGACACGUCAAGAUUUUAUCUAAGGCCCUUAACAUGAAGUUUCUCAGUAGUUCUGAAAAAUACUUAGGCACACCUUUAUUUAUUGGUAAGGAUAAAACUAAGUCUUUUAGUUUUAUCAUUGAUAAUUUCUAUGCCAGAUUAAAUUCUUUGAAAAAAUCCAAUUUGAACAUAGCUGGUAGAACUGUGGUUACAAAGCAUGUACUUUCUAGUUUGUCUGUUUAUCAUAUGACAUGUUUUCCUCUUCCUAAAACAGUUACUAGUAAAAUUGAUUCGAUUCAACACACUUUUUGGUGGGAUAAAAAGAAUCCUAAGCAUGCUGCAUACUUUCGCUCUUGGGGUGAUAUAGGGAAAUCUAAACUUAAUGGAGGUCUGGGUCUUAGGAAUUACUUUGCUACUAAUAGGGUUUUCAUUUGCAAACUGGGAUGGAGAAUUUUGAAGAAUCAGGGGAUUUCUCUUCCUCCCUCUCCCAUGAAUACUGCUUGUAAUGAAUUUGUUUAUGUGUCUGAGCUUAUUGACUAUAAUCAUAACUGUUGGAAUGUACCUCUUCUGAACCUCUUAUUCUCCCCAGAUGAGGUUGAUGAUAUUUUCUUAUAUUGGCAUGAAUCAAGCCUGGGUGCUUCUCCUUUUAAAGUUGGUUGUCCUAGUAUAGGUGUUAUUGUUAUGUGGUCUAUAUGGAAGUUGCGGUGUGAUGUAGUUUUCAAGAGUGCUUCUCUGGAUAUGAACAUGAUCAUUGUUGAUAUCAAGAGAAUGUUAAAUUCUUACAUUGAUCCAAGGAUUACUGUUAUGAAUCUUGUACACAAUGUCAAAAUUCCUCAGUAUGAAGCGGAAAAGUUUAUGUUUGUAGAUGGCUCUUUCAAGGAUUUUAAUUUUGGAAUUGGUGUUAUUUGGUGUGAUGCUGCGGGGAAUGUAAGAAAGGUGCGCUCGGACUUUGGGUUGAUUCAAGAUGCAGUGGGAGCUGAAGCUGCUACACUUAGUUUUGCCAUCUCUUGGGCAGAAGAGAUGAAUCUUCCCAACGUGGUGUAUGUUAGUGAUUGUCUCCAACUGGUGCAUUUUGUGAAUGGCUGCAACAUCUCAGUGGGCUUGAGAAGCCAAGACCUCUUGGAGCAAUGUUGGAGUUCUAUUUCUAAUUUUGUUUCCUUUAAUGUUAUGUAUAUAAAGCGGUUGAAUAACCCCUUAGCGGAUCGUCUUGCGCGACGGGCUAGGAAAAACAAUCUUAAGGGUUUAUGGUUUUCUCUUCCAAAUAUUCUUGAUGGUGUGUUCAGGAAGAUAAAUCUUAGUGUAAUUUGUAACUCUCUUGUUUCUUAA